CAGUAGGGUGCUGUUUGCAGGUCAUUUCCCUUUUCAGUCGAGGACGAUUCCUCUUUGCGCGUUGGUCGCGGUACGUUCCUACGAGUGCGCCUGCAGAUUUCUCGUUUCGUCGUGUCGGAUUUCGAAUUUCAGAUAUUUCACGCGAACAGGUCUUCUAAGUCUGUUGAAAUAGAAAUAGUGAUACUUAUCGCACCCGGUAGAUAUAGGAACUUUUUUUACUCUUUUGCAACUUUACCGGUGUUAAAACUCUAAUCAUAAAUUAUGUUUAAAGCGUAGUGGAUCAAGAGAUCUUCAGACCGUAGCAUUCCUUGGAAAGUAGAUCAAAACAUUCUCGAGUGAUUGACAUUUUUAACGUGAAAGACGUUUAUAUGAAGGAUAUUCGUAUAUCGAUAAGUAUAUCGUGAAAGACGGCUCUCUCAUUUUGACUGAUUUGUCACUGUGGUUUUCGGAGGAUUUCAUCGAGUUUAUUGGUGGCGUUAGUCUAUGUGUUUCCAAAAGUGGCUUGUCUCGUUCCAUCACUUGGAGAUAAUGUUCAAGUUCAAGCUUUUUCGACACGCUCAUUUUCUGUUGUUUUACUUGAGUAUCUUUCAGAGUUGCUUAUCUCGAGCUCGGCCAACGAAUUCCACGAUCUUCGGUAAUGCAUCCGACAAAACUAAAUCAGAUGCCGGCAAGAAUAAGUUUUUGCCUCCGCAGGACAUACUGCGUAAUUGCUCUACUGGAGAUACUGGACUCACAUUCUGUGAACACGUGUCCCCCUACCCGAGUGAUAUCAUAUCGGCGGAAGCUGCACAUUUGAAGCCACUCGGAACAGACUUUUUGGAUGAUACUUCAAAUAGACAAAUAGGUGCUGACGAAUAUGACGAAGACGACGCACCGAACGAUAGGAGGGAGGAUUAUGAGGAAUUUCCUAUGUGCCCUUCCAUUGAACGAGUGGUUUAUCCUAAAGUCGGAAAAACAAAAAACAAGGAUCUUUUAUUCAUUCUUAACCACGAAGAAUUCCUGCAGGGGAUACGAAUAGAGACAUGUGUACACAAGAAGAAACAAUGCGCUUUCACGGAGACCGUGCCAUGGGGCUACAAAACGUUCUGCCGCCAAAAAUACGUCUACAAAAGGUUGGUGGCUCUCAACGACAAGGGUAAAGCACACCCAGACGUGUUUCUCUUCCCUUCAUGUUGCACGUGCAUUAUUCGACUUGAUCGGAAAAAGUUUUAGCGGCCUCGAAACGCAUAAAAAUCACCCUCUUUCCAAUGGAGUAAUGAUAGGGAGCGUUUUCCCUUAAUCAUAGACCGAUAGACUCGAGUGUCCUAGACCCACGUCAUCAAACUCCGAAUCGAAAAACGAAGACAAAUAAUAAGAGGAGAAAAGAGGAAGAAACGUCAAUUCCUCUCCUUUCCCUCGUUGUAUUCUUCCUUUUUUUCCUAUCAACCUUGUUCUUCCUUUUCUAAUUCCUCUUCUUCUUUUUGUCCCUCUUCUUAUCUUUCUUCUCCCUCUCCUUAUUCCUCGUUUUCUUUUUUUCUUUUUCCAUCCAUAUCUCGCCAUACCCUCAUAUGACGAAUGGACCAAAGUCUGUCAGGCUAAUAUUAAUCAUAUACCCGCAAGUUUUAAAGCAAACAGUACCAAUCACGAGUUAUCUACCGGAUACGUAUGAUUUAUCUGACAUUUAUUUACAUUGUAUUUUUCGUUUUCUUUCAUCGCUCAUUUUUUAUAUGACAUUUGUUGUUUGUUGGGAAAUGCUAUUUUAAGAAGCAACUAGACUCCUUAGAUUAUGCAUCUACAACAGCUACGUUAUCCUAAAUGUAGCAUACCUUCCUGUUUGAAGGCGUUUUAUAUGUUGUAAGGUUAAGUAAGUUGAGUCUCCGAGAAAUAUUUAGACAAUUAUUGUAAGGGACUCGACUCAUCCACAUCUUUAUAUGUUGUGUAAUAACUAGAGAACCUCUUGUAAAUUUUAAGAAGUUGACAUUUUUCCUUCGAUAGAAUAUUUAUAUUUGAGGAAUUAAGGGAAUAUUAUAGUCAUUAUUCACUAAAAAAACACUUAAAAAAAUUGGUCCGUUACUGUAUGCAACAAGGUGGAGAAAUGGUGCUGGGCCCACGUCAUUUCGUGGGAAAAUCAAAGUCGAGAAAUUCCAAAAAUUACAAUUAGGAAUUACAAUUAUUAAAAACUUAUAGACAACUUAAAAAACUUAUGGAACAAAGGAAUUAAAAACCUAUAUUUAGGUAACUGGUAAUUUAACCAUGAUGCUUUCCUGAAACAAAUCAAGAUAAUGAAUGCAAUCUAAUGUAUUUCAAUUGCAGUUGUUGUAUCAAAACGUAUGAGCCCUUUAGUGAAUACGAGGCCAUUCUUAAGUAGUUCCUUUUCUGUUUAUGCUGUAAAUAAUAUAGUAUGUAAGGCUAUCAAAUAGUGCCCCAAGUCCGAAUGCAUGGACUCAAAAUGUUUAUCUUUUGGUAUUUUUUGACUUUUGUAUCUACAUAAUGUUACGGUGUUAUUAUUAAUUUUUAUUAUGAAAGAAGUAAGAUAUAUAAGUAUAAAUUGCUAUGUUUCAUUGCAGUA